AUGAAAUUCCACGCAGUUUCUGCCCUGGUCGCCCUGGGCGCCUUGACCGGCGUGGCUGCUUCGCCGGCCAAGGUGGUCUACCGGCAUCCAUGGAUCGUCGAGAGAGGUGACCACGAGCCUCCUCACACCCCCCCGGAGCAUCAUACUCCUCCUCCCUGGGGUCCUCCUCCGCCUCAUCAUACCAAACCUCCUCACACCAAGCCUCCUCAUCCGACUCUGCCUCCGACUCUGCCGCCUGUAACCACUACUCCAUGCGAGACGGACACUGAGACGGAGCCUCCAGUGCCCACUACCACUCCAUGUGAGACUGAUACUCCCACGGAGCCUCCGGUGCCAACCACUACCACGCCAUGCGAGACGGAGACCGAGACGGAACCCCCAGUUCCCACCACUACUCCUUGUGAGACUGAAACGGAGACUGAACCCCCUGUCCCGACUACCACUCCAUGCGAGACCGAGACUGAGACGGAGCCCCCGGUACCUACCACUACGCCGUGUGAGACUGAUACUCCCACCGAGCCUCCGGUCCCGACAACCACGACUCCUUGCGAGACGGAGACAGAGCCUCCAGUGCCUACUACCACUACCCCCUGUGAGACCGACACUCCUACGGAGCCUCCUGUGCCAACGACUACUACUCCAUGUGAAACCGAGACGGAGCCCACGGUUCCCCCUACUGAGCCUCCGGUUCCUACCACCACUCCAUGCGAGACUGAGACGGAGCCUACCGUUCCUCCAACUGAGCCUCCGGUCCCGACUACGACAACCCCCUGCGAGACGGAGACUGAACCGCCUGUCCCCACGACUACUACGCCAUGUGAGACUGAAACCCCCACGGAGCCCCCGGUGCCAACGACCACGACCCCAUGCGAGACGGAGACUCCCACCGAGCCUCCUACUCCUACCACCCCGUGUGAGACGGAGACUCCCACUGAGCCCCCGGUUCCUCCUACCACGACUCCUUGUGAAACCGAGACGGAGCCUACUGUUCCUCCAACUGAGCCUACCGUUCCCCCAACUGAACCCCCGGUCACGACUACUCCCUGCGAGACUGAGACGGUGCCUCCUACCGAGCCUCCCACCCCUACGACUCCUUGUGAGACCGAGACGGAGACCAAGCCCCCGGUUCCUCCUACUGAGCCUCCUGUCCCAACCACCACUCCCUGCGAGACCGAGACAGAGCCCCAACCUACUGUCCCUCCCACCAACCCUCCCGUGGAGACCAGCACUCCAUGCGAGACCGAGACCGUGACUCCUCCGCCUGAGACUCAUACUCCUCCUCCCCCUCCCCCUCCUCCUCACACCAAGACCAAGACCCUUCCUCCUCCUCCCCCGGAGACUCACACUCCUCCCCCUCCUCCUCCCCAGACCGAAACCGAGACUCUCCCCCCUCCUCCCCCAGAGACCCAUACUCCUCCUCCCCAGACGGAGACCAAGACCCUUCCUCCCCCUCCUCCAGAGACUCACACGCCUCCCCCUCCUCCCCCAGAAACCGUGACCCAGCCCAUCCCCAUCACCACCCCUGGAUCCACCGUCGUGCCUCCCGUGCCCGGAACCACUCUGUCGACGGCCUCCAAGCCGUCCGGCGAGUCUCCGCACGAGCCGUCCAAGACCGAGUCCGUUCCUCCCGUGGCCACGACCUCGACGGAGCCGACGGCACCGAUCUUCACCGGCGCGGCGGCUGUCAAGGAUGUGGAAUCGACCUUUGCGGGCGUGAUGGCUCUGGGUGCCAUUAUGGUGUUGAUGUAG